GACACAGCAUCGAAGUUGAAAAUUGUCAUGGAAAGGAUGAAGAUCAUUUCCGUGCAUCCUAACUGGAAAGUGCGACUUUCACUCAUCAAGUUUUGUGACAAGCUGUUUACAAACUGUUUGGGGUCGUUACAAACCUGCGUUUCUACAAUGGUGGAUUUACUAGUGGGUUUGAUUGAAGACGAUUAUUUACAAGUUGCAUCAGUUAGUAAAACUACCUUACAAAAAUUAUCCAAGAGGAUUGGAAAUGGUAAGAAAAAUGUAAGUUAAUUAGUUUUACGAUCAACUUGUAUUACAUGUAACCCUCUAAGGUUAAGAGAAGGUGCUAUUAAAAUUGGCCAUAUUCACACUAGAGAGGGAUUAUCCAUAUAAGACGGAUGAUCCAUCUUCAAUCAAUUAUCCAUCAAAAUUUAGGGAAAAAACAGAUGGAUAAAGUCGGGCAGAUUCCUCCAUCCAAAAUUAAGAUGUACGUAUUAUCUGUCUGACAUGAAUUAUCCAACAGAUUACCUGUCUCAGAUGGAUAAUCUGUCUCUAGUGUGAAAACAGCCAUUGUGGUGGAGGCAUGUAAUGCAUUAAAGCAAGGAGGAUAACCCUUUACCAGCCUGUAGGCAGAUUUACCAACAUAAUUAUUUUCAGCCAUACCUAUGGACAGAUAAGCAGAGAGGUAAAAGGCUUUGAAAGGCAGACAGUGUGUAGGGAAAGUGCUAUGAAUGAAAUGGCAUCCAUUGAUUUUAUUGGGAUCCUUGAAACAUAGUGGAGACAUGGUGGGGGAGUACCUCAAACUUAAGAUCUGUAGGUCCUGCAGGUUAAGCUUUGCUAUUGUUUUUCAUUCUUGGAAAAGAAGCUUUGCUCCAUUAUGUAUCCCUUCUUGUAAGUGACACACAUGCUGUACUGCUGGGGGGAAAACUUGUGAUAGACUAGCAUUCCAUUUAGUGGGGGAGUUGCAAUACUCUCAGAUGCCUCAUUUUACAGAAUUCAGGAACACCUCCAUCCAUGGUGGUCAUAUAGCCCAUGUGCAUCUUCAUCUUGUACCUUUAGCACCAUUGAACCACACUGCAGUAACUUGAUAGACCAACCAUAUACCCCCCCCCCCGCCCCCCCUGCAUUUAACUGCAUUUUUCACACAUACAGUCUGUUGGUUGGAAAUUUGAAUUUGAAGGAAACAGUUGGAGAGGAGGAGAGCGCAUACAUGUAUAGCAGUCGAGACCUAUAAACUUUUUUCCUCAAGGAAGGGAGGGUCUACAGUGCAGGUACUUAAUCUGUAUUUGUGACCAUUUCACAUUUAUUUGUUAAGGUCCCAGCACAUUGAAUGCACUGCUAGAAGAGAACCUUCAUUCAACUCUGACA